CUGUUGUUGAGUCACCGGGAGAGAACCGCGACCGUUACUCGGCUGAGAAAAGCCGACUCUCUCGUUGGAAGCUGCGCCUCUACUCCUCCAAAUUUCUUCUCUUUACGCUUUACGUUCGUUACAUCAUCCAGAUAUUAUUCUCAACAGGAUUGAAAUGUUGCAUUUUCGGUCAACGGUAGCGCUCAAGGAGUUAUUUCAAACGCAGCUGAAGCGUCCAUUGACAGGUAGAGUUGGUGUUAAAGCGACACCAGCGACCGCCGCCUGCUUCAGCACCCGUAGUUUGGAUGGGAGGUCGCCGGGCAGACGGAGUGUAUUUCCCCCGCAGCACUUCACCAGAAGACACGGCGUUAGAGGCUUUUGCUCCAAGAGUGACAGCCACAAUGAAGCCGCCAAGGACUCGACAGAGAAGAGAAGGAAGGCAGGCAUCCUGCCCAGCCUGGAGGACCUGCUCUUCUACACCAUCGCAGAGGGUCAGGAAAAAAUCCCAGCGCACAAAUUCACAACGGCUCUCAAAGCCACGGGGCUUCGUACGGGAGACCCUCGGCUGAAAGAAUGCAUGGAGAUGCUGAAGGUUACGGUGAAGACAACGUCUGACGGAGCACUGGACCGACACCUCUUCAAAAAGUGUGUCCAGAGCAACAUUGUUCUGCUCACCCAGGCCUUCAGGAAGAAGUUUGUCAUCCCUGACUUCCAGUCCUUCUGCGCCCACAUGGACGAGCUCUAUGUCAAAGCCAAAAACCUGUCCGGAGGGCAGGUGGCCGACUACAUUCCCCAGCUGGCCCGCUUCAGCCCAGACCUGUGGGCCGUCGCUCUGUGCACCGUCGACGGACAGAGGCACACUGUCGGCGACACCAAGGUUCCUUUCUGUCUGCAGUCUUGUGUGAAGCCGCUGAAAUACGCCAUCGCCGUGCACGACCACGGCACGGAGUACGUGCACCGCUUCAUCGGCAAAGAGCCCAGCGGCCUGCGCUUCAACAAGCUCUUCCUGAACGAGGAAGAUAAACCACACAACCCCAUGGUUAAUGCCGGCGCUAUUGUCUGUACCUCCCUCAUCAAGCAAGGGGCAAGCAAUGCUGAGAAAUUUGACUAUGUCAUGAACUUCAUGAACAAACUGGCAGGAAACGAGUACGUGGGCUUCAGCAACGCCACUUUCCAGUCGGAGCGAGAGUCUGGAGACAGAAACUUUGCCAUUGGCUACUACCUGAAGGAGAAGAAGUGUUUUCCAGAGGGGACAGACAUGACGUCCAUCCUCGACUUCUACUUCCAGCUGUGUUCCAUCGAGGUGACCUGCGAGAGCGCCAGCGUCAUGGCGGCGACCCUGGCCAACGGCGGCUUCUGUCCAAUCACAGGAGAGCGCGUGCUGAGCCCCGAGUCGGUGCGAGACACUCUGAGUCUGAUGCAUUCCUGCGGCAUGUACGACUUCUCCGGGCAGUUCGCUUUCCACGUCGGUCUGCCGGCUAAAUCCGGCGUCGCCGGUGGCAUUCUGCUGGUGGUUCCAAACGUAAUGGGCAUCAUGUGUUGGUCUCCACCGCUCGACAAGCUGGGCAACAGCGUCCGAGGCAUCCAGUUCUGCACGGAUCUGGUUUCCCUCUGUAACUUCCACAACUACGAUAACCUGAGACACUUUGCUAAGAAACUGGAUCCUCGCAGGGAGGGGGGAGACCAGAGGGUGAAGUCUGUGAUCAAUCUGCUGUUUGCUGCCUACACCGGAGACGUCUCCGCCCUGAGGAGGUUUGCGUUAUCCUCCAUGGACAUGGAGCAGAGGGACUACGACUCCAGGACGGCCCUGCACGUGGCAGCUGCUGAAGGACAUGCUGAGGUAGUUCGCUUCCUGCUGGAGGCCUGUAAAGUCAACCCAGUUCCCAAAGACAGGUGGGGGAACACACCGAUGGAUGAGGCAGUCCACUUUGGCCACCACGAUGUGGUGACCAUCCUCCGCGAUUACCACACCCAGUACAGCCCUCAGGAAAGCACCGGCGACGACAAGACCAACGCAGAGAAGAACCUGGACGGGAUGCUCUGAUGGAAAUCGCCCUGAGAAAAGAAGCUGGAUUGGUCAACAUGUUCUCACUCCCAUCGCGUCAAAAAGUGACGCCCGGUCAGGUGCCUUUAGCGUGAGUUACUUACUCAAAAAGUCUCCUUUGGCGUCACUUUUUGACGCUCUGGUUCGGGACCUUUGGCGUCACUCUUUGAUGCUCUGGUUCGGGAACUUUGGCGUCACUAUUUGAGGCUCUGGGUGAAAGUCCUGUGUUGCCAACCAUCCUCCUUACGCAGAUUUUGAGUCUUUCAUACUACUCUCUACCGUUGUCUCUCUUAAUACCACGCCAUCUGUAUGGAAUGCCCGGUGCGUUCCAUACAGACGCUAUGCUGUGUGGUACAGGAAAAUGUCUUAAAUGCUAAUUGUAUUUAACAACCCAAACGUAGAAAACAGUUAGGAACAUUUAAACAACCCAAACAAUAAACUGUACAGUAUGGGGGGGGGGGAAGAAUCCCUCAACAGUCCCUUUACACCCAGAACAACCACCAUCCCUUCAGUGUAAAAGCUCCUUAUCAUGCUAUUUGAUGUUGUUUUUGUAAAAUAUUAAUGUAUGCACUUAAAGUGGGGAAAAUGUUAUUUAAUUUCUCCUUCUGUAUUUUUUGUCAUCAGCUUUUAUAGGAAAUAAGUCGUCCAAGUCUGUUAUUUACUUUUCAAUGGUCCUUUUUAUUAUUCUGAAAAGCUGAAAGCGGGAAGUAGCGGAUGUAAUGUGGAGGUUUCAAACCCUGGUUCCAAAACCUUCCUCACUUCAUCAUCCCAACGUGCUGGAAUGUAUCUUUCUCCAAACACUUUUGGUGUCUUUGUGUGAUAUUUAUUUAUUUAUUUAAGAUAGCGUGUAUAUUCAUGUAGUGGGUGUGUAUAUUCCUGAGACGAGGAUAAAUGAGUGUAAAUACGUAGAGGUGUGUACUUGUGGUUCUGUAGUCAAACAGCUUUGAUGACUGGGUGUUUGAGGUAGAUUUCACUAAAAAAAGGAGAAUGUCAGUAUUUCAAUUUUCAAAUAUGGCUUUAAGAUUGAUAUUUAAAUUAAACUGCUAAAUAUUCAGCCUUUAAAAGGUAACUUUGUUUGUUUUUUUUCAAUCUAUUUUCCCAUAUCUUUGAGUCUAAGGGACUGAUGGGGACAACAAUCUACGACAUUGUCAAGUAAGAGUCGGCAGUCAGCGUAUCAAGCUACAAUGUAAGUUAUUGGGCAAUUGUGCAGCUUUAAUUUCCGUCCAUAAAAGUGCUUGUUUUGCC